AUGAGGAACAGAAGUAAGCCGCCAAAAGCUUUCUGAAACAAACAAACAUCUAAAUCCGAAUCUAAACUAGCAGACUGUUUUGUUUUCAUAUUCGCCCCAAAUUUUUAAGCGGCGAAGCUUAAGAUGGCUAUGAUAGCUAAACAUGAACCAAUAAGUUUAGAAAUAAAAACUAAAUCUAUUGAAAAAACUCUAAUUCCUCUUGUGACGCAGAUAACAACUUUAGUUCAUGCAAAAGAAAAGCCAAUUAAAUCUGAGAAAACAUUAAGAGCUAUAGUACAUGUGGGCCAAGCUGUGAAUUUUGCAGUUCAAAAAUUUGUAUCAGUAGGAGAAGCAAUUGCUGAUGAUAACCAUGAAAUCAAAUCUGACAUGUAUGAGGCAUGCAAAGAUGCAAGGACUUCUGGUGCUAUGAUUGAACGACUAUGUGAUGUACAACCUGAUGAAUGUGGUCAAUUAAGGUCAUAUGCUGAUAAAAAUAACAUGGUUAGAGCUGCCAGAACCCUUCUUUCUUCUGUGACUAGAGUUCUUUUACUUGCUGACACAGUAGUUAUUAAACAACUUGUUUCAUCUAAAGACCGGGUCUCUAUUAGUUUGAACCGUUUGGAACAUGCAAUGAACUUUACAGAGUUUGUUAAAUCUUUUAGUCAAUUUGGUAGCGAAAUGGUUGAGCUUGCUCACCUAACUGGUGAUAGACAAAAUGAUUUAAAAGAUGAGCGUCGACGUUCACAAAUGGCUGUAGCUAGACAGAUUCUUGAGAGAUCCACUAUGCUUCUUCUUACAUCAUCAAAGGUCUGUUUUCGACAUCCUGAGUGCACAUUUAGCCGAGAAAAUAGAGAUGCAGUAUUUCUUCAGAUGAGACAAGCUAUUGAAAUCAUACAUUUUGUUGCAAAAGAUGGAAUCUUAGCAGAUCAUCCUAAUGAACUUCAAGCUAACCAAAAUAAUAGGGCUCACAAUGCUAUUUCUGUGUUGUUAUGCACUGAAGAGCUUGAACAAUGCACAUCACUGUAUAAUGCUAUCAAACAUUAUGAAGAUAUUGUAGAAAUUACAAGAAUGACAUUAGUAGGACCAUCUUAUCGAGAAAGACUUAUGAGUGCCUUAGAUGCCAUUAUGGAACGAACUCAAGAUUUUACUGAUUCUGCUUACACAUCUCAUGCUCACAGAGAAAAAAUUUUGCUUUUGUCGGAUCGAGCCAGACUAGAAUUAAAUCAGCUUUUAAGAAUUGGAAUAGCAUUGGAUCAGGCUGGUUGUACUUCCCCAAAUGAAGAUUUGACUGCUGCUAUACUAGAAGUUCUUAGAGGAACUAAGGAUUUAAAGCAAGAGCUUCAAGAUACUGCUUUGGAUCAGGCUCAAGAACUUUUAAAGCUUUUUGAAGAAAUAAACAUUUUGAGUUUUUUAAAAGGUUCUGCUCUUGCUGGAGACCAGCAACAGUUGGAGGAAUAUUCUGAAAAGUUCAUUGAGUAUGCAAUUCAUGUACAAGAUACUUGCAAACUUCUCCAGCAUAUUGCUAGCACUGACUCAUUACAAGUAUCAUCUAAAAACACAGAGUCGUGCCUGAAAGUUUUCACUACUCAGGUGCUGAAUGCUUGUAGAACUGUUUCAAUUCAUCCUUUGUGUGAAAUAUCAAAAGAAAACCUUGAGGUAUUCUUAGAAAUGUGGAACUUAUUGUGCCAGGAUAUUAUAUCUAUGUACAAAGAGAUUAGUGAACUUUGCAGGCGUGAUAUUCAAUAUAAAACAGUUUAUAUGUCUUUACCAAGACCUGGGAAACAUGGCACAACUAGUAAGCAACUGAAACCUGUGAAACUUGAUGUUGAGGAACAAGCAAAGAUAGCGAAACUUGGUUUGGAAAUGAAGCUAUUAACUUCUGAAAUCGAUGCAGAGACUGAAAGAUGGUCUUCGUCAGAAAAUGAUUUGUGUAAAAAAGCUCGAACUAUGUCUCAAAUGGCAUUUUGCAUGUAUCAGUUUACAAGAGGUGAAGGGGAUUUGAAAACUACUCAGGACCUUUUUACUCAAGCAGAAUUUUUUGCUGAAGAAGCUAAUAAACUCUAUAAAUUAGUUCGCCAAUUUUCCUAUCAGGUUCCUGGUGGUCAACAUAAAAAUGAACUAUUAGAGUUUCUUGAUAAGGUUCCUACAUUUGUUCAACAACUGCAGUUCACUGUAAAAAAUCCUACUGUAGGAAAAGCAGCUACCUUUACCAAAGUUGACAAUGUGAUACAAGAAACUAAGAACUUAAUGAACGUCAUUUCUAAAGUUGUUUCUACUUGCCUGUUUUGUGCCACAAAGUACAAUAUUGACUUCCAUAGUUUAACUAGUCGAGCUCAAAUCAUAUCACCAUACCAAACUGAAUUGGAUGACUAUAUGUCUGAAAAAUCUAAUCUACUUAACAAUAUGUCUACCAAAGACUCUGGACAAACAUCAUCAAAGACUAACAUAUGACGGUUUGGUCUUGGUCCCCAAAAAUUUCAGAGGGACCCGCAUCGUACUCGAGUUUCAUUUUUGCUGUAUUAAAUAUGAAACAAAUGCUUAUGAGUCACAAAAAAGUAUUAUGUGAAUUAAUAUUUGAUUAAUGCAUUUAUGCCAGAGCAUUAACGCAUCUAAAUACUAUGUGUAUUUUUGUGGUUACUAAUGUUUAUGAAUGUUUGUAUGUAUUUAUUUAAAAUGUGUGCAUGAAUUAUUUAAGGACCAUUAAUUUUUUUUUCAUUGAAAAUAAAUAUAUGUGAAUCUGUGCAUUUGUGUAUUAUAGGUGUAAAAUGUAUUCUUACUUAAUGCAUUGUGUAAAUGUAAAAUCAUUCAUAAUAAGCUCAAUUUAGUUAGAGCAAUAUUUAUUCACGAUCAAUUGUGUAAAGAAUUUGGUACAACAGGAUACUAUUUUUUCUAACUGAAAGUAAAAAAAAGUAUUUGCAA